GCUUCCUUCCUUCCUUCAUCCCGAUUUCCCUUAUCUAAACCAACAGCAGACAAUCUAAUCUGCAUCUCUUCCAAUCUCCUUUUUUUUUUCUUACUGUUCAGUUGUCCUGCUCUACAUUGAUCGUCGUUACCAUGGCGGAAAUGUUUCUUGAUCCAAUUAUGGAGAAGCUCAUCAACGCUGGCUUGCGUUACCUGAAGGAUCAAUUCAGAUGGAAGAGACGCACGAAGGAGAACCUGGAAAAGCUGAAAGAGAUUCUCCCCAGAAUAAAAGCUGUCGUCCACUUUGCUUCCAGCCAAGAGCAGAUCACAGAACAAAAUCCGGCUCUUAACGAAUGGCUAUGGCAGCUACGAGAUGCUAUUGAUGAUGCAGAUGACGUGUUGGAUGAGCUGGAGUACAUGGAACUAGAAAAACAGGUGACCAAAAACAAGAAGCUGAGAAGGGUGCGUUCCAUCAUGAAAUCCAUGAAAAAAAGACUUGUCAAAAUUAUCAAACGUGCUCUCAAAAUUGAUCCCAACUUGAAGCGACUGGAGGAGGCUGUGCAGAACCUUCAUAAAGUUUCAACAACUGGUGUUGAUACUUUCCUUCAUCUUGUAAAAGACGCAAAGCAGGAGCUUCAGAAGCAGCAACUUAAGCAGUACAGAGCGCGUGAAACGGGAUCCUCGCCUAAAAAUGAUCUCAUCGGUCGAGGCAAGGAGAAGGAGCUUGUUAUGGAGUGGCUGAGGAAUCCAUCAAAUGAGCCUCGGGGAACUGAUUUGUACAGAAACAUUACUCUUCUAUCUAUAGUGGGCCAUGGUGGUAUGGGGAAGACAACUCUAUUGCAACAUGUUUAUAAAGAUGAAAUUACAAAAGAAUUUGAUCUUAAAAUGUGGGUUUGUGUUUCCAACAACUUUGAUGUGAAAAAAGUCGUUGAAGAUAUGUUGGAAUCUCUGAAGAAGGAGAGGCCUCGUUUGGAGACACUUGAGGCACUUCAAGGGCGUCUCGAGGAGGAGGUGAUGUCCAAAAAGUUCUUACUUGUGCUGGAUGAUAUUUGGGAGGAGGAUGAGGAGAAAGAUAAAAGCAAAUGGGAGAAUGUGCUCGCCCCUCUAGCUUCUGGGGGUUUUGGUAGUAAGAUUCUGGUAACAACUCGAACGGACUCAAUUGCACUGAUGUUUGCAAAGGUAAUUAAAAAGAAGAAAGAAAUAGUUAAAUUAGAGGGCCUAGAGGAAGAUGAGUGUUUGCAGCUCCUCAACUCUCAUGCAUUUGCUGGUGUAGAGAACCGCCCUGAUGAUCAUAAAAAAUUAAGAGCCAUUUCUGGAGAGAUAGUUAAAAAGCUUUUAAGAUCCCCAUUGACAGCUAAAGUCAUUGGUGGUGUUCUGAAUGACAACUUGAAUGAAGGGCAUUGGAUGACAGUUCUUGAAAGCAAUUUAUUGGAUCAAAAUUCUAUCCAUUCCAUCUUAAGACUGAGCUAUAUAGUUCUCCCAAAUCAUUUACAAAAUUGUUUUGCAUUUUGUUGUAUGUUCCCAGAAGAUCAUGAGUUUGAUAAAGAUGAUUUAGUCCGAAUGUGGAUUGCAUUGGGUUUCAUUCAGCCGUCUCAAGAAAUGACUAUGGAGGAUAUCGGAGGAAGGUAUUUUGAUGUUUUAGUAAAAAAAACUUUAUUUGACAAGGUCGAUGAUAACUACUACACUGGAUAUUACUACAAGAUGCAUGAUUUAAUACAUGAGUCAGCAUCUAAAUUUUUUGCACAUGUAUGCAGUAAACUUGUGGAUGAUGAAGAGUUAUCUUUCAAAAUUCCUGAGACUCUUCGACACUUGUCUGUUCAAACUACAAAUCCAAACUUCUUAAGAAAGAUUGAGAAGUUUAAACAUUUGCGUUCUCUUUUCUUGUUUUGUGAAGAUUCUAAUCAGGAUAUUUGCAAUGCACUGAUUAAAAUGCUCAAAGCAUCGCGAAGCCUGCGCUUAUUAUACUUACUGCGUCCAGAGCACUUGGAAAUAAUAUCUGAGGAGAUUGGAAAUUUGAUACAUCUUCGAUACUUAAAGAUUGAUGGUUAUGAUUGUACUAUGCUGCCAAGAUCUCUAAGUAAUCUCUAUCACUUGCAAUACAUAAUCUGUGAUGAUCUACAUAGUGCUGAUUUUUUACCAAGUGACAUUAAUAACCUUUCUAACUUACGUUACGUGAAAUUCUUCGGUGAUUAUAUUUCAUCGAUAUGUGGGAUUGGGAAGCUAAAGUAUCUUACAGAACUGGAUAACUUUGUUGUUAGAGAUGUGAGUGGUUAUAGAAUUGGGGAGCUAGAGAAUAUGAAUGAUCUUCGCAUUUUAGGAAUCUACAACCUUGAAAAUGUUAAGGAUGCGGAGGAGGCUUGUAGUGUCAAAUUAUGUGCCAAGAGCAGGCUCACAGAUUUAACCUUAGGGUGGGGGUGGGAUGACACUGAUUUGUGGAACAUCUAUUUAUGUGAGAAAGUGCUCGACAACCUUCAGCCACCAAAAUGUCUAAGGGUUCUGUGGAUAAAUAGAUACAUGGGUGCAAGGCCUGCUCUAUGGAUGAACAACGUCAGUCUUACCUCCAAUCUAGAGCAAAUCAUAUUGAAAUAUUGCAGUAAUUGGGAAACUCUUCCACCUUUUGGGCAACUUCCCUUCCUCAAGACACUGACACUUUACAACAUGCCGAAAGUAAAAUGGCUCCAAAGUAAAUAUAAUGGGAAUGAUAAAUACCGUACCUUUCCAUUGCUAAAGGAUCUAGAAAUUCGGAAAUGUCACCCAGAGUUAUAUGAGCGCUAUCGAGAGGAUGGAGGCUCCGAUCGGCACAAGAUUGCUCACAUUCCGAAUAUCCAUAUUUCAACCGGAUAUUAG